CCUUCUACCCCAUCCCCUCCGUCGAUUUCUAUCCACCAAUGUUAUGUUUUUAUCUUACUCCAAGUACCACAUAGCCGCUAUUACAAAAUGUAUUAAUAUCCACAUAACUAUUUUAAUACAACAUUUCAGCACUCUGAAUAGUUUCCAAAUUUUAUUUUUAGCCGUAUUUCUUAAAAACAACCGAACCUUAUAUAGUUUUCUUUAAAGGUUGAAUAGCUAACUGGGAUAGUAAUAUGAAAUAAAGUAGAUGGAGCAGGACCCCAUUUCAGAGGUAUUGCCUAUGUGUCAGCUUCAGAGUAAGAGCCCCCUAAGUCAUAGUUUUUACAAUUAUUUAUAUGUAAUGUGGCUUUCAUUUAGUAUUUUCAAAGAUCUGCAUACAAUUACUUUCCUAUAUUCUAUGCAUUUCAGUAUAUUUUAUGUUGAUCACUUGGUUUUGUAAACAUACAAGAAGUAAAAUGAAUGAACCAUAUAGGAUUCAAAAUAGCACUUUUCUGUUGCCAAAAUUGGCAUGGUGAAUUUGCGAAGGAAUUCCUCUUGGAUUAGGUCCACUGUAGAUGGUGUCCAAGGCUGUUAGUGCCUAAAUUGCUCUGUUCCCUAAAUUGCCCAUGUUUCCCUCAAAACUGGCAAACUACUGUCAACCUAGACCUUCAUCAAGGGCUCUGGUAGUAUUUAAAAAUAUUAGUUUGCUGUGUAUAUUUUAAUGCUUAUAGACUGCAAUUCCAAAUUAGACUUGCAUUUAGUAUAUGUCAUUUUACACCGUGAAUCUAUAAUUCAUUGCCUGAGCACACCAGGGAGACAGUAUUGUGAAAUGUACACUGGUAAGCUACUUGAACGCUUGCUUUGUAUUUAAACGUGCAUAAUUAUAUUCAAAAUCAAGGAAGGCUUAGUUUUGCGCCUGAUUUUUUUGAAAAUAUGGAUUUGUUGUCUGAGGGUUGCAGUUGAUGACUUUUUGAUAUCACCUUAGUAUGUUUGCUGCUGCUACCAAGAGCUUUGUCAAGCAAGUUGGAAAUGGAGGGAGAUUAGUUCCCGUUCCAAGCCUCAGUGAGGCUGACAAAUACCAACCUCUAAGUCUGGUGGUAAAAAAGAAGCGAUGCUUUCUCUUUCCUAGAUAUAAAUUUGCCUCAACACCUUUUACACUGAAAGAUAUUCUUCUAGGAGACAGAGAAAUUUCAGCUGGUAUUUCAUCUUAUCAGUUACUGAAUUAUGAAGAUCAAUCAGAUGUUUCACUCUAUGGAAGGCGAGGCAACCAUAUUGUGAAUGAUGUUGGAAUUAACAUUGCUGGAUCAGAUUCCAUUGCAGUAAAAGCUUCAUUUGGUGUGGUAACCAAACAUGAAGUGGAAGUAUCCACAUUACUGAAGGAAAUUAGUACACGAAAAAUUAAUUUUGACCACAGCUUGAUACGUCAGUCAAGGCGCAGCAGAAAAGCCAUAUUGUGUGUGGUCAUGGAAAGCAUUCGAACCACAAGGCAGUGCUCACUGUCUGUGCAUGCUGGAAUUCGCGGGGAAGCCAUGCGGUUUCAUUUUAUGGAUGAACAGAAUCCCAAGGGAAGGGACAAAGCUAUUGUUUUUCCAGCACACACAACCAUAGCUUUCAGUGUUUUUGAACUCUUCAUUUACUUGGAUGGUGCCUUUGACCUUUGUGUCACUUCAGUGUCAAAAGGAGGAUUUGAAAGGGAAGAAACGGCAACAUUUGCACUGCUCUACAGACUGAGAAAUAUACUAUUUGAAAGAAAUAGAAGAGUGAUGGAUGUCAUUUCUCGUUCGCAGCUUUACUUAGAUGAUCUUUUUUCUGAUUACGACAAACCUCUCAGCAUGUCUGAUAUUUCACUCAAAGAAGGGACACACAUUCGAGUUAACUUGCUUAAUCAUAACAUUCCAAAAGGACCUUGCAUACUCUGUGGAAUGGGGAACUUCAAAAGGGAGACGGUUUAUGGGUGCUUUCAGUGUUUUGUUGAUGGGCAGAAGUAUGUGAGACUUCAUGCAGUUCCUUGUUUUGAUGUUUGGCACAAGAGAAUGAAAUAAAAUGAACAAAAUGAAUAUA